CUGCUGCACAGAGACGAUCUAUGGGCUCGCGCAGGCGGGCGGGGUAGCCCGGGAAGAAUCCGGCCUGUGAUUGGUCCGCUGAUGAGCGAUUGUAGCUCUAUAUAAGCUGAUCGUGCAGCCCGACCUCCAGCCUCACAUGUGGGGAUCGACGGAUGAACGGUGCGUUCCAGGUGAUGAGCCAGUAACCAGACGGAAGCUGCCCACACCUCUCCCCCGUUAACAAGAGCCGACACCGAGCAAGGAAGCCCCGCACAAAUGGACCUUCAGGAUAAAGAACUCAUCCCAGGAGACAUCCUGCCAGUGGUCAUCAUUGGAAAUGGGCCAUCGGGCAUCUGUCUCUCCUACCUGCUCUCAGGUUACACCCCCUAUCUGUCUGCCGGGGCAUCGCACCCCAACACUCUCCUGCACAGCAAGCUGGAGGAACAAGCUCACCUGUCGCUGCUGGAGCAGGACUUGGAGUACCUGUGCGAGGGGCUGGAGGGUCGCUCCUCAAACCCGGUGGCCGUCCUCUUCGACUCGCUGCUGCUGCCGGACGGCGACUUCGGCUCCGAUCACACAUCGCCGCUGGAGUGGCGCUACGAACCUGAGAGAGCAGUCACUCACCUGGUGCUGGGGAGGGGGCCGCCCGGGGGGGCCUGGCAUGCCAUGGAGGGCUCCAUGCUCACGCUCAGCUUGGCCAACUGGAUGGAACUCCCUGGACUGAAGCUGAAGGACUGGCUGAGAGAGAAACGCAGGAACGUCCGUAACGACCGCGCCACCCCCGCAGAAAUCGCCUCCUACUAUCAACACUACGUCUCCCGUAUGUUGCUGGAGCAAAACUUUGCCUGCGGAACAACCGUCACCUCAGUAACCAGGGAGCCCCAAGGUCAGGACGGGGCGCCGCCCUGCUGGAGAGUCGCAGGACUGCAAAGACGGGAUGGCGAUGAGUCUGGAGAUGGACCAUUAGAAUCGGAUCUGGAGCCGUUCUCUGUGCUGGCUCAGAACGUUGUCCUGGCGACGGGGACGCACGACAUUCCGGCUUGGCUCGGCGUGGAGGGCGAGUCACUCCCCUUCGUUUGCCACUCCUUUUGGGAGUUGGAGGCAGCAAUCGAUCGCGGUGAACUGGACAAAUCACGCGACCCAGUGCUGGUCGUGGGGGCGGGGCUUACCGCCGCAGAUGCUGUGUUGGCCUCUCGUCACUUCAACACUCCAGUCCGACAUGUUUUCAGACGCUCUGUCACAGACCCGGGCCUCAUCUUCAACCAGCUGCCCAAAGUCCUGUACCCCGAGUACCACAAGGUCCACCAGAUGAUGACCCAGCAGCAACACCAAUUGACCCCAGAGACCCCCGGCCCCUCCUCCUACCCCGGGUACCUUAGCUUCCCCCGUCACAAGGUGGUGGAGUUCCGACCUGACCACAAAUGUGUCCUGGAGUCUGAUUUGGGCGAGCGAACAGUGGUCCAAGUGUCCAAAGCACUGGUUCUAAUCGGAUCCCACCCCAACCUUUCCUUUCUCCCUGACAACGGCCAAAACCUGGCGCUAGACCAGAAGGAGCCCAUCACCUGUCGGAGGAACCCGAUAGACGUUGACCCUUUCACCAACCGGGUCAUUGCGGCAGAUGGACCGGGCUUGUACGCCAUGGGCCCAUUAGUGGGCGAGAACUUCGUCCGCUUCUUGAAGGGUGGCGCGCUGGCCAUUGCCUGCGACCUCGCCAAAAGGCAACGUGAGGAGAGUGAGGAGCAGGACCAGAGCCCUGACAGUUUGAUGGACCGAUGGUUGGAUCAGCAGCGAGGCCUCUGCGUUUUGGAGUCAUAGCAGAACCGUCUGACUGUGACUCUCUGUUUGGAAGCCUUGUUGUCUGCAGUCAGAGAAACUAUUUUCAUAUAAAGUCAAAAAAUAUAUUUGUUUCCAACAGAAGAUUUUGGACCAACAACAUUGAAGAAUGUUUGCAAACAGAGACUGCUAUAAAACUGUACUCCUGCGUUUACGAUUCGGCAGAAAACAACUGUUCGCACUUUAACGUUUGAUACCAUUAGAAAUUUCUAAAAUUAAAGUAAGACUGUAGCGCUAUGUCUUGAGCUCCCUCUGCAGGUGUAGAGUGGGAUUUCAGGUUCAUGCUCUCAUGCCAAUGACUGUUUCUGUCAGGGAAGAUGAUACAAACUUUUGCUCGUCUGGGUGGAGAUCACUGCAUACAAGGAAUACAUUGAUGCUAACAUGAUAGCUCAGAAUGCUACACAAGUCAAGUGACCUUUUGAUGAACUGGAGUUUGUUCAAGAAGCAAGGCGUACGUAGCUAGCUGCUGAGCUUCUGUGAAUAGCUUUCUUAGUACUGUUUUUAUACAUAUAUAAAUGAGGGCAUUUAUAAUAAACUCAGAGGUUUGAAUCCCACUCGCCUGGCUCUCUUCUCAUGAUUCUUGUUAUAAGUUGCCUUGUGCUGCAUAGCAGCUGGAUGGGUGCAGAUCGCAGGUUUAAUUCUCUGUGAGUCCUGAACGGUGUGCAGUGCUCAUAUUUUAAAAGCAGCUUAACGUUCCUGUCUGACAACCAAUGUUGCCUCAUUAUGUGGAGCUGAUAAACAGUUGCUAAGGAAACCACAAAUUUCCUUAAUUUAUUGUGUCUCCUCAUUUGGUAUCUUUCAAUGAAUGUAACUCCUUCAGUGCGAUGUCCACUACAAUAAACAAGGCAGCUGAACCCGACCAAAGACGUCACAGCAACCGAGUCUUCUACUCAAGAUUUUGUGUUUGUGAUUCCGCCACAGAUGAACUUGUUGGUUUCCUGUAGAUUUGAAAUUGUCCCAAAGUCUUUGUACAUCAGAUUUUGUAGUCCGCCGAGGGAUUCGGUUUCUGUCGGAGCAAUAACAUUACAUUG